AUGGCUCCAAGUACAGAAGUCCUCACCGACAGUACCGACUCCCGGUCACCCACCAUUGCUCCCGGGUAUGCUCAGCUCUUUGGUAAUGUUGAGGCGGCUCUGAGCACGACCAGCCUUGGGCCCUGUCGUUGGUACAUUGUGGCCAUGUCCUGCGUUGUUGCUGGCCCAGACCCGGAUAUAGCUGCCGCCCAGCUCUACUGCUACUUGUGCGCACAGCCACAAUACAAAACGCCCCAAGCACGUCAAAAGCUUAUCCGCCGGCUGCGCGAGGCCCUGCUAAAAGCCAUUUCGAUUGUCGGUGUCUGCAAGCCUCUCGAGGCCAUCCUCGCCAUCGCGGCCAUUGAGCGACCCGAGGAUCGUGACUAUGGUAUGACACGGGAGGGCUGGCAGUGCGACAGCGCCAACCUCUCACGCGGGAUGGAGUGGUUACAGAAGAUUUAUGCUCAGAACUCGUCCGACACGCUGGGGCUAUUUGCCGCCCACCGGGACUUCGAAUGGAUAUCGAAAAAUAUCACUUACGGCCUGUACCUGGGCGACCGUCAGGUGCUGGACGACCUGGACACAGAAAUGGUUGUGCUCCCUGCUAUCAUGUCGCAAAACCUCAAGACGGAGACGUGGUGGCAUAUUCGCGGCACGCGACGCAUAGGUGUGUCAAAAGCUGACACAAAGGUGCUGUGGAACACGAUCAAAAACAUUGCAGCGCAUUACGGGCAGCAGUUAGACCGCGUGCCGGGGGUGGAUGAGGUAGAACGCGACGUGUAG